AUGUCCGACUCCUCCAACUCCACUGCUGCAGCCGCAGCAGCCGCCGCGGCGGCGGCGACGGCGGCCUUCCCUCACAUCCCCGUCGGCGACACUCUCGGCGCGUGGCUCAUCGGCGUGUGCAUCAGCUACCUGCUGCAGGGCAUGCUGUUCCAUCAGGCGUUCAAGUACUACAUGACCUUCCACAAGGACAGGUGGGUCCUUAAAGCAUGGGUUGCGGUGGUUUUGGUGCUUGAGACGUUGGCCACGGUGUUGAUCACACAUACUGCAUACUUCUAUAUGGUGACCAAAUACUGGGAGCCAACGUACUUCUUCGUCUCCCCGACGGUUUGGUCUCUCAAUGUCCUCCCUCCACCUGCCGCCCUCGCGGCCUUCAUCUCCCAGAGUUUCUUCGCUCGCCGGUUAUGGCUAAUUGCACCCAAAUUCCGGAUUCUUGUCGCCGUCGCAAGUGCCCAGAUGGUCCUGAUAGCAGGCAACGUCGUGGCUCGCAACACUAGGGUCCUCGAUCCAAGUGACCGGGGAUCUGUCGAUCAGCGCCGCGUUGGUGUAUACCCUGCACACAAGCAGGACAGGGAUCACUCGUUGUGGGACGACAAGGAACAUACGGCGGAAUAUGUGCUCACAUUGCCCGGUAACAGCAUCGUCCACAUCGUCAACGUCACCUAUUCCGCCAAGGAGCCGGAUAACUUCAUCUACGCCGCGCUCUCCAUCAUCCUCACGAAGCUGUACGCCAACGCGUUCCUCGUCGCGCUCAACUCCCGCGCGUCGCUGGGCAUCCUCGGCCAGUCGAACAACCAGUCCAACUCCGUCAACGUCUCGCACGUGCUCCGCGCGCGCGGCGCGACCAACCUCCCCACCGCGCUCAGCAACACCGCGGCGAGCAACCCGACCGCGAUCGAGCUCAAGGUCACGACGGUGACCGAGACCGACGACUUCUACGACGGCGCGUACGCCGUGUCCGAGCCCGGGCCGCUCGAGGCGCAGCAGCAGCAGCAGCCGCAGCGGUCGUUCCUCGGGCCGAAGCGACACCCGUACGCCGCGGAGGUCAUGACGCCGUGA